AUGUUUUAUAGCAGGUCCAUCCGUGGACGUGGAACUCUAGUCUGGCUCGCGAAGAGAGCCGGCCGGAGCGAUGACGGUUUUGUUGUUAUCAAGGACACAUGGCGAAAUGAGAGUCGUUGGACGGAAGGGAAGAUUUAUAGGUCGAUAUACAAGGGGGCGGAGUCUGUUUUUGGCGUGGCCCGCUUCUACCACGACUUCGACGUCCCAGAUCCGGUUUCGAAGGAAAUGCCCUGCUGUACCGCUGCUGCAAGGCUGAACGAGGAAGGGACAGACCUCACUGAGCGCAUCCAUCAUCGUUGCGUCUUGUUAUCGGUCGGUAUUCCCCUGGAUCGCUUCAAAUCCACAAAGCAGCUGCUACACGCUAUUCGAGACGCCGUGGAGGGGCACAGGAACAUGUGUUCCAACGGUGUUCUGCACCGUGAUAUCAGCCCCCAUAACAUCAUGAUCAGUGUAUAUCCGGAAAGGGAAAUGGGCGCCCGAGGAUUCCUCAUAGACCCUGAAUUAGCAGCCGUGGAUACUAUGCCUGACCUGGCGAAGGAACUACAUUAUCUGACAGGCACCCUCCCGUUCAUGGCUAUCGAUCGCUGGGAUCAUGAUGAUGCCGACCAUGAAGCAUGGCAUGACCUUGAAUCCUUCUUCUGGGUCUUGAUCUUCGUCGUCUUUCGCCACACUCGGUGCUACAUCACUGAACGUCGGGACGAUGUGGCAGCUGCCGCGUUUCUCCCAGGUCUCUAUGAUGACCCUCCUUCCGAACGCAAGAAAGAGAACUUCUUACGUCACAAUGGCCCACAUGUCACUGUUGUCGACAACCCUGCGUUGACCGCUUGCAUCAGAAAAUUCGCUGCACUUGUUCGCAGCCACUACUACGACCACGACGUCAAGGAAGCCCUCCCUCGGGAAAGGAUCAAUCAGCUUAGCCACGACAAGGUCCUCGCCACGCUUGAUGAGUCUCUAGUCUCCCCUGAAUGGCCGUCUGAGUCCGAAGACGCCGCCAUACCUUUCGAGCACGUGGAAAGACGCAGUGUUCUGCAGAAGCAAGAGGUCGCGGCCGCUUUGAAUGCUGCGCGCCUCAAAGCGGAGUCUGCCAGGAGCUCAAGGAUCACUCGGACUUCCAAGUCAGCCCAAGUGUCCAAGACAGGGCAGCAGGAUCGUCGCUCGAACCAGCUGAAGCCGAAUCUCUCGAAAGCAAGGAACGCGUCGACUAGACCUCCUGCCAAUAGUAACAAACAGAUACCGGCAGUGCCACAUGCCAAGGUUCCUCAGCCCGUCGCAGGGCAGCAAGCGACCGCACACCGGACGCGCAAGAGGAAGGGUUCAUCUGCUGCGAAAGAACCUGCCGAAGAAGAGUCAGCGCUGAAACGCUCGCGGCUCACCGCCGCGCAGACAACAAGGGCGUCCGUCGCCAAAAACACGAGGAGCGCUGCUCGUCUAAACAACGCGUCAUCGUCGUCUCAAGGAACCACUCGGAUUGUGACGCGUUCGCAGACGCGCCGCGCUCAACAGCGCUCAGGAUGA